CAAUGAUAUUGUAAGAUGAUUACAUAUAUUGCAAGAACCGUGCUUGAUAUAUUCAUUUAACCAAUAUUUGUCGUACCUGCUAAACGUUACUACGAUCAAAAUGAUGAAGUUUAUAUGUUUAUCGGUAGUGUUGGUCUUUAUAUCUUUGCAAGGUUCUAAUGCUCUCAAAUGUUACCUCUGUGUUGGAUCAACAAGCAGUGAAUGCGCAAAUCCUGAUGAAACUGGACUGGUAACAAUAGACUGCAAGCCUAAGUAUCGUCAGCGCCGUUCACAUUUCGAAGUGACUGCCAAUAAUAUUUUUGAUGAUUUAAUGAUAACCACACCAAAGCCAGACAUGUACCUGAUUCCAAGCAUUGAAAAACAUGUAUCCGAAGAGAUAACAGAUGUUUUUGAUAGGAGAUUGAAGCCAUAUUGUUUCUACAAUAAAAUUAAAGCUUCUGAUUUCCUUAGUAAUGAUAUAGUUACAAGAGGUUGUGUAGGAAUGCCACCACACAUGGACGUCUGUACCGCAAUGAAGAAAGUAGUUAAGAAUAUUGUUGAAUGCAAGGCAUGUACAACUGAUAAAUGCAAUUGAACCAGUCUUUAACUGCAUCUAACUAAUCAUAUUUCAUAUUGACUAAACUGUAUGAUAACAAUUACAUAGGUUGUAAUCAAAUUUGUAAAUAAGAAUAACAUUGAAUAAUCGAUAUUAAAAAAUCCUGCUGCUGAGAA